AUGGUGAACUACAUCCAUUUUCAAAGUGGCGGAUGCCUUAAGCUGUCAAUCGUCUUGUCAUGGAUACAACCAUUUACAACUUCGGGUCCACUUGUUUCAAAGGGGUUUUCUCUACAACUGAAUAGCAUUGACUAUUUUGCCUCUCCAUAUCCAAGCGGUAACAUCUCGGAAAAUCCCCAAGAUCUGGUACAAUAUCAAUCAGUCCAUCCGUUGUAUCCUGUGGCAGUCUUGCAUGAUCGUGUUGGUGUCACUGGUGUCUCCUGCUUGGUGGCUGAGUGGAAAGCUAAGGACGAUGUUUUCCAAGAUGCGUUCGCAAAUAUCGUGUUCGUUUUAGCACUGUCGAUGCGCGAAUCGCUGUCCGUCGAUGGUCAAUCAGUCCUUGCGCUUCCAAUUGAUCCUUUUACGGUUGCACCAGGACCAUACUUCUUGGACGCAACCGGUGGAUGCUUAUGUCCAGCCUACAGUCUGUAUGACGACUUCGCUGGCGCUUUCGCAGCCUCUUUACUGCAAGCUCCUGGAGGCACUUUUCAGACGUUAUCUUCACAAAUUGCAGCAUCAAGCACCCUGACCAUUGGAGUGCUCUCUCGGCUAUACUAUACCCCCACUAAAGAGCAAACCGUUGCUGGAGUCCGCAUCGCCAUCAAGGAUUUGGCUGAUCUUGCUGGAGUCAAGACGUCCUGCUGA